AAGAAAACUAGAAAGCUUUGCAAUUGACAAUUUUUACAUAUAUUGAUGAUAUACUCCGUAAUAUAUAUUUUCCUUGAGCUCUAAGUUUAUGAUUACCAUAUCUAUGGCAUUAUUAUAAUUGUGUCACUAAUCUCUCAAUUCAAUAGCCUCCACCAACAAUACCAAUCUCUCUAUAUAUCUAUCUAUAUCUAUAUCUAUAUUAUAUACACACUUCUCUCUCUUUACUACAGUCAACAACUCUUGAUUUCUAGUCUUCUUCAAUUCCUCACUAAAAGACUGCUAAGGUUGAAUUUGCUCCCCCAAAAUCCUUUCAACUCUGCAACCAAAAAUGGCGGAAGAGAAGGAAUCGACGUCAGUUCCACUGAGUCAAGGUAGCGGCGGCGGCGGCGGCGGCGAAGAUCCCGAAGAUCCUGUCAAGUCUCCUCCCAACUCUCCCAAUUCGUCCACUCGUAAGGCUUGCUGUUUUGUUCUACAAAGUUGGGUCUCAAAGAAGUUCAUGACUGGAUGUGUAGUUCUCUUCCCUGUUGCAGUUACAUUUUUUGUGACAUGGUGGUUCAUUCAGUUUGUUGACGGUUUCUUUAGUCCGCUAUAUACACAGCUGGGCAUCGACAUAUUUGGCCUUGGAUUUAUUACGUCUUUACUUUUUGUAUUCUUUGUUGGUGUUUUCGUUUCAUCAUGGAUGGGUGCCACCGUUUUCUCGAUUGGAGAAUGGUUUAUAAAGCGAAUGCCCUUUGUUAAGCAUAUAUACUCAGCGUCCAAACAAAUCAGUGCUGCAAUUUCUCCAGACCAAAAUACCACUGCUUUUAAAGAGGUCGCCAUAAUCCGUCAUCCACGUGUGGGUGAAUAUGCAUUUGGUUUUAUCACAUCGUCAGUUAUCCUUCAGAAAGAUGAUGGCGAUGAAGAGUUAUGUAGUGUAUUUGUACCAACAAACCAUUUAUACAUUGGUGAUAUACUUUUGAUUAACUCCAAGGAUAUUAUGAGACCAAAUCUAUCUAUUCGUGAAGGCAUAGAGAUCAUUGUUUCUGGGGGUAUGACAAUGCCACAGAGGAUUUCACCCGUGGAAAGGAUGGUUAGACAGAACGAGAGGAUUCCACUGAGUAGAAUUAAUUAACAAUGCUGAGGAAGAGGCGCGUCAAUUGUAUCUGUGUUAUUCAUGAGAUUUGGAUGGUUGCUGAUAGCUUGUCUGACAAGAGUAGUAUAAAUUAUUUAGUCCACUACAAUUUUGUAAUUAUGAAUUUAUUUUGGUUGGAGGGUUUGCUGCCUGUGAGUUUCUUAAAUCGUGCAUUUGUAUUCUAUGAUCAUAUGGUUUCUUUUCAAUGUUCUGCAAUGGGAGGAAAAAGAUUCUGGUGAGAA